AUGGAGAAAAAGACUAUCCUUGGCAUCCUUAGGGAAGAGAAUAAUGCGAAGACUAAGGAAUAUCUAAGCUCUAAACCUUCAUAUGCUACCCUACUGGAGAAGGACAUUAUGAUAAAGAGGACAGCAGAAGAACUCUUCCGAGCCACCAAGAUAAUCAUGAAGGCUUUGAACUACAAAAGGUUGAGGCGACUUCGAAGGGAGAGCAUUUUUAUUGCGGAUAUUUACUAUGAGGCAGACCCUGACAUAGCCAAACAGAUAUUCCUAGUAGGAGAGUUCUCUACUCCACAGUGGGGCAAGCAGGUAUUGAUGCAAUACUCAUACUUCCACCGUGCUUUCAGGGCUCAGAUUAAAAUUAGGCAGAGUUCCGAGUUUAAGUUCAUUGUAGAUGGAACUUUUAUAUGCUGUCCAAAGUAUCCAAGGUUGACUAUUGGAGGCUAUACUAAUAAUAUCUUCAAAAAGAAUCCAAAUCCAUCAGGGUUUAACAAGUCUUUUCAUUACGAAGGAGUCAGCUUGAUCAUGAAUGAUAAGAGAAAGUGGAUGAUUCAUAGCAAGACGAAGACGAAUAAAUUAAGCGGAUUGCAGCUUUUUAACAGUUUCUCUCGGAUAAGAAAAGACCGAAGCCCAAGAGUAGAUAUGGCCUACAAGGGAAGAAAGAAGGAUUUUGGAAUUGGAAUCAAGCAUCUACACUCUUCAAAAGCUCCGAAAACUCCAUUGCAGACAAUCCAGAAACCACUGCGUUCAAUAAUUUCAAGCGAGCAUAAUCAGAGCUCUAGGAAUUUGGGGUCUGAAUAUUCAGAUGAUGACCUGUUCUUUCUAGAUGACUUUUUCAAUAACAUGCCUUUCACUCCUGACAUCAGCGGGAAUAUCAAAGACAUUGGGGUCUAUGGUAUCUCAAGCCCAUUAAGCAAAGAGAAUGUCAAGAACUAUUGAAUAGUAGGACAAGGAUUCCGACUUUCGAAAAACAAAAAGCCAUGCCAAGACGCAUUUUUCACUACCAAAUUCGGAAUAGGAAUUGCUGAUGGAGUUGGUGGCUGGACCUCCUACGGGAUUGACCCUGCUCAAUUUUCAAACAGCCUAAUGUCUCAAUGAAAGCAAAUAUUUAAAAGAAAAGAAUUUGCUGGCAACGUGUCUCAAACAAAGAGUACAAUUUAUAAGAGUCAAGCACAACACUUUGAGCACCAGCAAUCGCCUGAAGCUGCUGAUGAGAACACUCUCAGCAGCCAAGGGAAAGAUCUCUCGAAGAUGGAGUCUGCUUUUGGUACUCGUACGAGGCCCAAAAUCCGGAGGAUCAGAUCUUCUUUUCAUUUGGACGAGAAGGAACUCAAAGAGUGCCCCACCCAAGAAAAUCAAUGCGAGAGAUCACCAAUUAGCGAGGUCGCUUUUGUGGAAACUCCUAAGAAAUUUAGGCUAGAUCCUCAACAGAUCAUCAAGCAAGCGUAUAGAGCCGUCACUAGUUUUGGUUCAUCAACCGCUUGUGUUGGUGCGCUUGAUAGAAAGACUCUAAAAAUAGCAAACAUUGGAGAUUCCACAAUGAUGGUGGUAAGAUACAACCUGGAGAUAAAAGCUUCGAAGAUCAUGCUCAGGACUGGAGAACAACAGCAUAACUUCAAUGCUCCUUACCAGCUUGCGAACAUCCCGCAUGGUUUGACUCCUACUUCCUAUGCGUUUGAGGAUCAUAAGAGAAAAUUCUGGAAAGAUAAAGUUAGUGAUGCUGUGCUUUACCAAACAACUGUGAGGGAAGGAGAUAUUAUCAUUGGUGGAACAGAUGGUCUCUUCGAUAAUCUCUAUCCUCACGAGGUCCAGAAUAUAAUCGAUGUCUUUAUGAAUGAUUGCUUCACAAAUUCAUCAGAAGACAGUUUACCGAGUGUGAACACCCAGGGGUUCACCCCAGUGUUCUCCAAAACACAGUUAGAAAUAUUCACAAAGCGGAAUGCGAAGCUUUUAGCUCAUGACUUAGUCAAAGAGGCUAAAAGAAAGAGCAAAAAUAAGGCUUGUUUCACUCCUUUUGCAGACCGUUUCAAUCAGGCCAAGGUCAGGAUGGAUAAACUCCUCGAAUGGAAGGGUGGGAAGCCAGACGAUAUCUGCGCAGUGGUAGGAUUUGUCAAAAACAGCCAGCCAUAA